AUUGUGCUGACUUGGCAGCGGCAGCAGCAUGAAAGUUGCUCAGGACAGGAAUUGGUUGGCUCCACCGUCCGCCUCCCCCGGCCAAGGGUCAGCUGGCAUCGCCUCCUCCUGGGGCCCUGGGAUUCACAGCCUGGCCCCGGGGCCACAGAGCCCCUUCCUGCUUGGAAUCUCCAUCCCUCCACCUGAGCUCCAGGCCUCUUCCACCGUCUCCUGUUGUUGUCUCAGAUCCUUGAUAUCCUUGUCUGGAGGGGUGCUUGCAGAGUGUGGGGCAGGCUGCUGCAGGGUUGUCAGCAUGGAGAAAAGCACUAUGGCUCAGUCCAAGGGCACGGUGGUCCUUGCCUACAGCGGGGGCCUCGACACCUCCUGCAUCCUGGUGUGGCUGAAGGAGCAAGGCUACGAUGUUAUUGCCUACCUGGCCAACAUUGGGCAGAAGGAAGAUUUUGAAGCAGCACGAAAGAAAGCGCUGGCCCUGGGGGCCAAGAAGGUGUACAUCGAGGAUAUCAGCAGGGAGUUUGUGGAGGAGUUCAUCUGGCCGGCAGUGCAGGCCAACGCGCUCUACGAGGACCGGUACCUGCUGGGCACGGCGCUGGCCCGGCCCUGCAUCGCCCGCAGGCAGGUGGAGAUCGCCCAGAGAGAGGGAGCCCAGCACGUCGCCCACGGGGCCACGGGCAAGGGCAAUGACCAGGUUCGGUUCGAGCUCACCUGCUAUGCCCUGUGUCCCAAAAUCAAGGUUGUUGCACCGUGGAGGCUGCCCGAGUUUUACCAGCGCUUCCCUGGGCGCCGGGAGCUGAUGGAUUAUGCCAAGAAACAUGGGAUCCCAGUGCCUGUGACACCCCAGACACCCUGGAGCAUGGAUGAGAACCUCAUGCACAUCAGCUACGAAGCCGGGAUCCUGGAGAACCCCAAGAAUCAGGCUCCCCCCGGGCUCUACACGAAGACCCGUGAUCCGGCCACCUCUCCUGACACCCCAGAUGUGCUGGAGAUUGAGUUUGAGCAGGGUGUCCCAGUGAAGGUCACCAACAUUGGGGACGGAGCCACUCGUUCCUCGGCCCUGGAGCUCUUCGUGUACCUGAACGACAUCGCGGGCAAGCAUGGGGUCGGGCGCAUCGACAUCGUGGAGAACCGCUUCGUCGGGAUGAAGUCCAGAGGUAUCUAUGAGACCCCAGCGGGAACGAUCCUAUACCACGCGCAUUUAGAUAUCGAGGCCUUCACCAUGGACCGGGAAGUGCGGAAAAUCAAGCAGGGGCUCACCUUGAAAUUCUCCGAGCUGGUGUACAACGGGUUCUGGCACAGCCCCGAGUGUGAGUUCCUCCGGCACUGCAUCGGGCGCUCGCAGGAGCCCGUGGUGGGCACCGUCCGUCUGUCUGUCUUCAAGGGCCAGGUCUACAUCCUGGGCAGGGAGUCCCCACGGUCGCUGUACAACGAGGAGCUGGUGAGCAUGAACGUGCAAGGGGACUACGAGCCCGCCGACGCCACCGGCUUCAUCAACAUCAACUCGCUGAGGCUGAAGGAAUAUCAUCGUCUCCAGAGCAAGGUCACCGUAAAGCAGGAUGAAUAGCAAUCAAUCGCACGCGAGCCUUCCUCUCCCCUUUCUAAUUUCUCUAAGAAGUAGCACUAAUUGUGGUGGCAAUUUGUAAUUGUAACUCGUCUCUCCGGAGCGGAGCCGCGGCGGCGGUGACGGCUUUGUUAUGGGGCGGCAAGUGAAAUGCAGUCGGGAGGGGGGGUGGAAAAAGGGUUUGGUCCAUCGGAGGAGAAGUGGGGAAAGAAAUAAACCCCCAGCCACGCGCGGGUCCGGCACUGA